AUGGCUGCGGAAAUCCAUAUAAUUGGUUCAGUUGACUGUGCGACAGGAUUUCCCAGCAAUCGACUAUUUUGCAAAUGGAACUUGGAAAUUGGUUAUGAUUUUAUUAAAUUAAAUAGUAUCAUCGAAGGACGAAGUGAAGGCCAAACUCAAGUUGAUCUAUCAGAAGUCGAUGACAUCGCAUGUUUCUCGCAUCCAAUUGAUGUUCACUUAGCCACCAAAACAGUGCAAGGUUGGCCAAGCAUAAAGUUAGAAGUAUGGCAUUUCGAUGAAUUCGGCAGACAACAAAUUUAUGGCUAUGGCUUCGUUUAUGUACCAGUUGCUAGUGGUGAACAUAAGUUGGACUGUUAUAUUUGGAGACCAAAAGGUGAUACCCGAGAAGAAAUGAUGCUCUAUUUUCUUGGUGGUGGCAUGCAAUUAGCUACAGCUUCUUUAUCAAGCCACUUCACCCAAACAGUAAAGUUACGAACAGUUGCAAUGGGCACUGUCAAACUUCUUUUAAGUGUUAUUACUAGACAUUUUGAUAGGUUCGGAAUUAUAUCUUAG